AUGGCGAAGACAACUCUCAGCAACUCGAUAACCAUCCCAUCCACCGACGAAGAGUUCCGACAUGCUAUCCAAGCUCUCCAGGCGUCGACGAACGCGAUCGAGCAACAGACACGAGUGUUUGAAGCUCAAGCAACAUAUCUCAGUAAUCUCCGAGCAAGCGAAGCCGCCGCUGUUCAACGCAGAGCCACGCACACAUCGUAUCUCAGUCAGCGACAGGCCGCCGAGAUCCAGCACAUUACAUUUACAAACGAACAGCUCUUAGAGAACUUACGGAGUGAGCUACAGAACGAGAACGAGAGUGUGGCCAAGGACAUCAAAUCUGUCGGCAGCGUUGUGGCCAGCAUAUUCAACGCGGACGACCGUGCCAUCGACGCACUGAAUGUCCUCGUCUCUGCGUCCGUAGAGUCAACGUCACUGGAUACCGCCGAAACCGCACUGCGUGUCUCUCGCCUGACUUCCGCGCUGCAGCAUUUCCGCGUGCAAGCGCUCAAGGACCGGCUUGACAGCACGUAUCUGCGACGUCUGGAGGAGCAGGGACAGGUAAUGCUGGACCCAGAGGGUGAAGCUGUGCCUGAUGAAUCCCACCUGGCCUCUGAAACGGUCAGCGAGGUCCAAAAUGAUCUUGGGUCGCUUUAUGCCGAGAUCGACGAUGUGGUCACCAUGACUGUCCGGCAUGAGCAUGCUGGCCCGAUUGAAGCUGCGUUGCGUGAGAUUGAUUGUGCGAGGGAAAUGGAGGGGAGGAGGGUGGGUGAGACGAUCCACUCUCAACUCGCCUUUCUCACGGACUCACUCGAGAAGCUGUCGACAAAGCUCGAAACGCUCCAAGUUCAGCGUACAGGCCUACGAGAUCUCCUCGCAAGGACCGACCUCCUAACCAAACAUCACCCUCGAAAGCCACCUCCACAGAACCCAGCCAAAUCAACCACAACACCUUCCUCCACCACUACUACCAGCGACACUCCGGUGCCAAAUCAACCCGCCCUCUCCGCCCUCCUGCAGCAUCUCUCCCUCUCCCUCCCCGCCCCACCACUACUCCACACCUCUCUCCAAGCACAAACAACCAACCUCCAAACGCAGUCAGAUGCCCAGGUAGCCGAAAUUCUAGCGGCGGCAGAGAAAGCAGCGAUGGCGCGCCGGGACGUGCUCAACGCCGUAACCGAAUGUCUGGAAAGUGAAACGGCGCGUGAGAAUAAGCGGGGCGUAGCUGAGCUCGAGGUUGCGGUCGACCAGGCGAGGGUGUCGAUGGAGGUGAAGAGUGGGAAGGUCAGGGGGAAGGGGACGGGAAUGGGGAGAAGGGUUAAUAAUGCCCGGGGGUUGUUGUGA